UUUGUCGGAAUUAUUAAAAAUAAUCAUCAACUAACUCUAUAUUGGUUUAGUUUUUCGCAAAUAAAUGAAAGCUUGAAUUUGAAAGGUUUAACCAGGGAUAUAAAAGUCUCCAAAGUACCUAUAUAUGUUCUGUUUUGUUGCUUAUAUCACCAUUUCUUCUCACUUCAAAUGGUAAGAAAUUCUCGUUCCCGAGGCAUUCAUAUUUCUAGAAUCCAAACAAUUGGCAACAUCGAAUACAACGGCAGUCCGGCAAGGCCAGGGCAUUUUGCGUCAAAAUUUGUAGUAGCGCCGCAGCUGAUUUUCCAUCGCCAAACAAAGUUUGAGCAAACAAUACACAAUGUCAGUCGCUGACACCAUUGAAUACGUGACCCUGGGCAAUCCUGUCAGCAAGAUGGUAGCCUCGUCCGCAUCCGCCCUGCUCCGCACGCUUGGUCUGCGUCCCAAGAAGGUGCCGGUGCAGGAGACGAGUAUGGCGGUGCUCCCUGCCGCCCACAGCUACGCGCAUUCACACGGAUCACUCUAUCGACUGGCCGGCUGCCAUUACCACUUCAUUCGGCUGGCCGGGAUCGUCGGCGCGUCGGCCAUCUUUAUGGGCGCCUACUGCAAGUACGUCCUGAAGGACGUCAGCGAUCCCAAGGAGCAGGUGGACUCGCAGGCCUUUGCUGAUGUGGCCAAUCGCAUCCACUUUCUGCACUCCUUUGCCAUGAUGGCCAUGCCUCUGGCCCACUAUCCCGUAUUCACUGGCACUUUGAUGAUUACGGGCAUGAUGCUUUUCAGCGGCUGCAUGUACUACCGCGCUUUGACUGGCGAGAAGCGUCUGCAACCGUACGCGACCGUCGGAGGAUUCUGCCUGAUGGCCGCGUGGCUGUCGCUGGUCCUGUAGGAUGCGCGGGGCAGGCCACCUAUCUAUAUUCCAUGUAGCACAUGCUGAACUGCAAUUUAGUGCAGAGGCAAAUAAAGCUAAGCCAACUCUAACAUACAACAUCAUCUAACAUAAUACAACAUCAACUAAAUAUGAGUUACUAUAUCCGCUUUUAGCCAUUAUUUACAAUAAUUAUAGUGAGGGCUUUGCAGCUAAUGGAAGAUACUUUUGAGUUAAAUGCGUACAAUCUCUUAGUGUAUAUAGCAGGCUAAUGUAAGUCGCUAAAUCGUUAUAAUGAAAUAAAACAAAUAAAAACGUUUUAACAAAAGAACC